AAACGCAUUGCCAAAGAGGAUAUAAAAACCUUCUUUUGAUCAAAAGCUGUGUCACUAACAAAAAGAAUGUUCCGGUAUUUGAUGAUUGUUGGCUUUGCUUGCGCCGCUCUUGCGGAAGAUACGCAAUCCGGCCGUAUAGUUGGUGGUCUGCAGGCUGGCAUUGGUCAGUUUCCGUUCCAGGGAUCCCUUCGUAAUCUGAAAAAUGAUCACAUCUGCGGUGCGGUCAUCAUUGGCAAACGCUGGCUCCUAACGGCUGCGCAUUGCACAAUUGGAUAUCAGGCAUUUGAACUGCGGGCAGUACUCGGAUCAAUUGCUCGAACUAGCGGCGGAGAAAGCUACAACUUUGCUCAGAUUGUUGAGCAUCCGGACUUCAACGAGGUGACACUGGAGAACGACAUUGCUCUGCUGCAGACAGCUUACGCAAUUCAAAUGAGCUCUUCGGUUCAACCGAUCAAGAUGGGUAAUUCGUUUACCUCGGGUGGAGAUAUUGCAACUGUCAGCGGAUGGGGUGCUACCAACUAUGGAUCGCUUACUUCUGUAAUGCUGCAGUACAUGGAAGUGAGGACGCUAAACAACGAGGAAUGCAGAUUGAGACACAAUAUUCAAAACUGGACUAAGAUUCAUGGAAGCAGCAUAUGUACCUACUCGCGAGCAGGGCAGGGUACAUGCAUGGGUGACUCAGGAAGUGCCCUGGUCGUGAAUGGAGUCCUUGAUGGACUUGUAUCAUGGGGAAUCCCAUGCGCUGCCGGACUGCCUGAUGUUUACACCAGAGUUGCCUCUCAUCGUGCAUGGGUAUUGAGUACAAUUGGUUUGUAAAAUCUAGAUAUUAAGCUAUCUUUUUAUUUUCAAGAGAAUACGCGCAGGUGUAUUUACAGUUCAUUUCUAGAUAAAAUGCGUUGUUUUCACCAUUCUACUCGAUCCGAA